ACAUUUAUGAAAAAUUAAACGACGCCGUUUAGUAGUAGAAUCGGUGCCGACAGCAGACAAAACAGGUUCCUUUUUCAUGUUUUUGCAUCUACCAACUUCCAUAAAAACCCGCGACUGCUUGCCGCCAAUUCCCCAACCCCAAAUAUCAAAUUGAAACUCGUCCAAGUAAAUGUUCCCCAUUUUUCUUGUACAGUGAGAAAUCCGAUGAUUCCAGAUCAUUUUUACUGCUAGUAGUUUGUUCCAUUAACUCAUCGCCGCCGUGUUGCAGAUAAAAGUGAAACGAGAAUGCAGAUCCAGGUAAAGUGUAGCUGCGGAGCAGAGAACUGCCCUGAAUGGGCAAUAAUCGAAUUGCAAGGCGUGGUUGAAGUGCAGCCUUCCUUCCAGGAUUCUCUCCAAAACCUCACAAUCGGACAGCUUUGCCGUCCUUCUUCCCAGGAGAGUUACACUUUCACGGUUGGGUACCAUGAGUUAACAGGGUCAAAAGUGGCCCUCAAGAAGCCCAUGUUGGUGCUCAAGAAAAUCAAGUGCAUGGAUGGGGACCAAAGUGACGAGGCUACUUCGUCCAGGGUGGAGCUCGAUGUUGUUGGAGUUAUUCGCCACAAGAUUUUGUUCAAGAACAGGCCUAAGGCCCUGAUUUCCGGUGGAAACCAAAAACCAAGAAAGAUCAUAGAUAACUUAAUUAAGCAUGGACUUUUUUACACAUCGGGUUUCCUUUCAACAUUUGAUGGCAGCUUCUUCUGCUUUGCAGUGUAAAGAAAGUUGGAGAAAUGCCCUCCUUGAUUGAAUGAUGUAUUUUUAAGGACCACAGCCCAUUGUUAAGGAAAAGGCUAAUGCUGCAGGUGCUGCUGUGCAAAAGCCAUCCAUAUGAAAUCCAUGGACGGUUUUUUGGACAAUCAGAGUGUCUGGUUAUUCGAGUCAAAUUAUGUCCUUGCUGCUUGCUUCUAUGUUCUGCAAUGCUGUCUUUUGCCCCUUGUCUUGUUGGAUGUGAUUUUCUUGUUUGGCGUUUGGUUCGACAAAGGCAAAAUAAGGUGUUUCCAAAUCUAAAUGAAGCUUAAAAUGGAAAUUGUUCCAAUUUAUUCUCCCAAGAGUUUUGUGAGAGAGAACAGACAGUGCUAUUGCCAGGAGAAUAGUUUGUUCUUCGGAGUUGGUUAACAAUUAGCGUAGGCCUCAUCAUUGAUUAGUUCCUUAGUGUUGCUCCAUGAUUUUCUAGGUUCGUACUCGAUAUCUUUGUGCUUUGGCAUCUCAACAACUUUCUUCUCUCCACAACGUGCUCUCUAUUCACUCCCUACUGCAUGCAAAACCACUUGAACAGGAAGCCAUUUGGAUAGCUGGAUACCAAGAAGGAACGCUGGUCUGUAAUUUAUAAGAACUCCUUUCCAAUUGAACUUUUUUCUCAUACAAAAUUGCGUCUUUUACAAUUGGUAUGAAUGAGAAGCCAUUUCAAUGGCGACAGCUUGCAGCGCAUUA